CUUGCAUACCUGCUUUGGACGAAGACACUUUGCAGUCACUAAAUCAAGUUGGAGAUGAAGAUGGUGAUGAUGGCAAUGUGGUUGCUAGUGCUGUAGUGGAGGACCCGUCUUCAGACAUACGGCCUUUUUCGCCGCCGAUGGCUCAAGUUACUGUUACCAACGAUAGAAGCAC